AUGGAGCUGCCUUUACUCGGCGAUACGCUGAUCGUGCUUGUGUCCCAGCUCAUUUUCUUCAUCGGAGGAUGGGUGUUUUUCGUGAAACAGUUGUUCCGCAACUACGAAAUACGGCAUGUGUUCGUACAGCUCAUCUUCUCAUCCACGUUGGCCCUUUCGCUGACUAUGUUCGAGCUGAUUAUUUUCGAAAUCAUCGGCUUCUUGGAUUCGACGUCACGCUACUUCCACUGGCGGUUGGGACUAACGCUGCUGCUCAUCAUGGUGAUCGCCGUGAUACCGUACUUGAUCGCAUAUUCCUGCAUCAGUAAUGUGCGAAUAGUGCCCGCCAGGUGGGUUCAACCGUUGACGACCCUCAUCUGGCUUUGCUAUCUGUACGGGUUCUGGCGCAUAGGCGAUCCGUUUCCACUGUUAAGCGUUAGCCGAGGUAUCUUCACGAUCGAGCAGGCAGUAUCACGCAUCGGUGUGGUCGGUGUCACCGUGAUGGCAAUACUCUCCGGAUUCGGUGCGGUGAACUAUCCGUACACCAGCAUGUCUUACUUCAUCCGCCCGGUCUUACAAAGCGAUGUGGUAAAUUUGGAGCGACGGUUGCUUCAGACGAUGGAUAUGAUACUGGUGAAGAAGAAGCGCAUCGCACUUGACCGUAGGAGGAACAAACCGAACCAGAAGCAAAGCAUCUGGGGCAUGAUAAGCAGUGUCACGCAAAGACCUGCCGGUGCAGAAAACAUUGGUCAGCUACGGUUAGAAAUUUCCGCCCUAGAAGAACUUUCCCGGCAACUCUUCCUCGAAGCGCACUCGAUGAAAAACAUGCAGGAACGGCAACGAUGGGCAGCUACACUGCAGGGCAAAUACUUUAACGUGCUGGGGCAUUUUUUUAGCCUGUACUGUUUGUGGAAAAUUUUCAUCUGCACAAUUAAUAUAAUCUUCGACCGGGUCGGCAAAAAGGAUCCGGUAACGCGCGGUAUCGAAAUUGCGGUGCACUGGUGUGGCUUCGAGAUGGACAUUGCGUUUUGGAGCCAGCAUGUUUCCUUCCUGCUCGUAGGCUGCAUCGUCGUCACCUCCAUCCGUGGCCUUUUGCUAACACUGACGAAGUUUUUCUACAAAAUUUCCUCUAGCAAAUCGUCCAACAUUAUCGUGCUGGUGCUCGCCCAGAUAAUGGGCAUGUACUUUUGCUCGUCCGUGCUGCUAAUGCGCAUGAACAUGCCCGCCGAGUAUCGGGUCAUCAUAACGGAGGUGCUGGGCGGUUUACACUUUAACUUUUACCACCGGUGGUUCGAUGUGAUCUUUUUGGUGAGCGCACUCGCGACCAUUGUCGUGCUGUAUUUGCUUCAUAAGCCGCCCAACGUUGACUCUAGCAUGUAA